UUAUGUCGCCUAGGUAUGCUAUGAAUUCACAGUUCCAGGAAGUAGUAUCUACUACUCUGUCAGCAGCACACCGAGACUGUAUCUUUAGUGAGUCAAAUUAUAUUAUGAAUAAAACAUUGAAUUACGUCACGAUAACGCCUGCAAUAGCACAAGCACAUGAUUUACUAUUGCUACAUUUGGCAGAAAAGGAUUGCCAACAGUUUAUACUUGGCAUAGUUUUAAGUUAUGUAUAAGCGCCAUAAAACAUAACAACAACAAGUUAUGCAAAAUUAUGACUGCAAAGUGGACCGAACUGUGUCUUACGUUAAUCAAGGCACGAUUUUAACCGGGGAUACAAGACAGAAUGGUAACAAUUCGGACAAAUCUUUAACGGAAAUAUUAUUGGAGAAAAUAAGAUCAUAUGGAGAUAAAACUGCACUGGUAGACGACUCUAAUGGCGGAAACUCUUUGACGUACAGUCAAUUUUACAAUCAAGUCAGAAAUUGUGCAGGGUAUUUGUACGAACAAGGAUUGAGAAAAAGAGACGUUGUCGCGCUAUGUUCGUCAAACUGCCUGGAAUUUCCAGUUGUAAUGCUGGGAAUCAUUGCUUGUGGUGCUAGAGUCUCUUUGUGCACCCCGACAUUCACAAAAGAAAAAAUGUUUGAACACUUCCAACAUUGUGGACCGACUAUGGUCAUUUCAACGGAAGAGGCCUCUGAAACAGUGGAUCAGGUUGUGCAGAAAAUCAGAAUGGUGAAGAAAGUGAUUAUCAUCGGAGAAAGUGAGAAAUAUAUAACAACCUCGUAUUUUCUUCAAUCGACAAGUGAUUUCACGCGGAUUGACAUAAACCCUAAUUUUGACGUAGCAAUUAUAUCCUAUGCAAACGAUGACAACAAAACACUAAAUGACGUUUCUACAACACAUACAAGCAUUAUUGAAAGAGUUGAGUGUAUUGCACAAACAUUAUUGUCAGCUACCAAAUCCGAUUUACCGUGUAAUUAUUUUGACAUACCAAUGGUUCAGAAGGUAGGGGUGGAGACGAUGCUUGCGUCACUUUUUGCAGGGUUCAAACUAGUCUUCAGAAAGAGAAGUGACAUUAUAAGCAUGCUGAAGGCUGUAAAAACCCAUCAGGUUACAACAGUUUUCACACGUGAUACGACUGCGGUUGGAUUGAUGCAGGAUGACAUUAAAUUUGAUUGUGGAAAGUCAUCUCUGAGAAUAAUAAAUUUUUCGGGGCCAACUAUGCAGUCCGAAUUGAUUGAGAAAGUUGAAAGAAAGUAUCAAGUUGACGUUAAUCAGGAUAUUCAAGAUUCGUUGUGAUUGAUAAAAAAAUAUUGGACGAACAAAGAACACAGGGUAUACGAUUGUGAUGCAUCCGUUUGGAGUGAAUAUUUCAAAAUUAAAAGAGCUAAAUAUAUAUAUACGUAUAAUGGGCUGAGAAUUUCAUAAAAAGCCGCUUUAACUGUUAAACUGGUAUAAUAGUCUGCUUAACCACUGUUGGUGUCAAAGGCCCGGCAUGAAUCAACUUCUCCACACUGAAUAUUUAAUUUUCGGAAAUAAAGCUUGUCCGUACACCAAAAGUAUCUACCUAGUAACUAGCCGCUCUGCUCAGUUGAUCUUUCACAAAAAUAUGCAACUGUUUUGAAUAUUUGGAGGUAUUUUUACAUUGAUCUGGGCAUUAACAUAUGUAUGUAUACCUUGUACGGCAGAUCAAAAUCAAUUAUACUGUUAACCAUUUAAUAACGGUUUACUAUUCUCAGACAUAACGUAUAUAUAUCCCUAAUAAAAUUCCUGCGGAACAACUGAAUAGCAUACACACGAGUGACUGCAAUAUGCACAUAUACCGAUUUUCCAUUUUUAGUAAUUGCAAGACUCAACAUAGACCCUAACCACCUUCCUGCAGCAUAGAUUUAUGUCGGGUUCUACUAAUUCAUUUUGGGCACCUUAUUCAAAUAAUUCCAUAAAAUAUGACGCAAAAAUGAGUAUCUAACGGAAAAAACACGCAGCAAGUAAACACAUAAUAUUAUGUAGAGCACCUUUUUUAUUCAAGACCCUAGUAGAAGCUUCAAAUCGUUUUACUAAUUCCAUAAUUUUCUGCCAUGUGCCUAUGUCGAAAUAUCUGAAAAAGCGAAAUAACAUGGUAUUUAUGUAUAAAUAUGUUUGUAAAAUAACGUCGGUAUCUCAAAUGUCAAUGAAAAUUCAUAAACCUGGGUCCACAACAAUUGCUUCCAAACAAGCGAUGCGUUGUCCCUUAUAUAUAUGUCAAUAAGUCUCGGGCCAAUCGGUAAUUACUAACAGGUACUAACUAAUUCACUACUACGGGUCAACUUGAGGUCUUAUA